AUGCAUCCAACGCCCAAACUAACACUCUUCGACGACGACGACUCCCGCUGGCAAGCUGUACAGACCCGUGACGCCGUAGCAGACGGCUUCUUCGUAUACGCCGUGAAAACCACCAAAGUGUACUGCCGCCCCAUCUGCAAGGCCCGAUUGGCCCGUCGCUCAAACGUUACCUUUUACUCUACUGGAGCUGAAGCACAGAACGCCGGAUUCAGAGCAUGUAAGAGAUGCAAGCCCGAGAUGGAGGGAUUCAUGCCUGAGGAGCGGGCGGUGCAGCAGAUUCGCAAGUUUGUCCUGGAGGAGGCUGUGACGGGUGAGGGGAAGAGACUGAGCUUGAGCCAGAUGGCGAAGAAGUCUGGGCUGUCGAAGUGGCAUUUCCACAGGGUGUUUAAGCGGACGGUUGGCGUCACGCCGUUUGAGUAUCUGAAGAACGAGAGGGUGGCGUGGGGAGACGCGGCGGGAGUUGGGGGGUUGUGGGAUGGGCAGUUGGAUGGAGCUUUUGGGCUGGGAUUUUGGAAUAUGGGUUUGGAGACGGAUGGCUCGACGGAGAGUGUGAGCGUGAGUUCGGGGUUGGUGUCGGUUGGAGCGAGUGGUGGGAGUGGGAGCCCGUUGGUGGAUUUGGGGUUGGAGAUGGACGAUUUGCUGGUUUGGCCGGAUGAGAUGGGUUGA